AAGUGACAGUGUUCGGCGCGUGCGCAGUGUGGAUGCAGCGCAAAGAGUUUCAUCUCGUAAUUAAUAAAUCUGUUAAUGAAUGUGUUUAUGAAUCUGCGUCAUGGCAGGAAUCAAAGCUCUCAUCAGUCUGUCGUUUGGAGGAGCGAUCGGGCUGAUGUUCCUGAUGCUCGGCUGCGCUCUGCCCGUCUAUAAUGAGUACUGGCCGCUCUUCCUCCUCUUCUUCUACAUCCUGUCGCCCAUCCCGUACUGCAUCUCUCGACGCGUGGUGGACGACACGGAUUCUGCUAGUAAUGCCUGUAAAGAGCUCGCCAUAUUCCUCACCACGGGAAUCGUUGUGUCUGCGUUUGGGCUGCCCAUCAUAUUCGCCCGCGCUAGUGUGAUCGCGUGGGGAGCCUGUGCGCUCGUUCUGGCGGGAAACAUCGUGAUCUUUGCCACCAUCCUGGGCUUCUUCCUGGUCUUUGGGUCAAACGAUGACUUCAGUUGGCAGCAGUGGUGAAGCCUGAUGCCGCGUCCGGACCGUUUUUGCUGGGCGCAGCGUCACUGUAAUACUGUUACUGCAGUUUCUGUUACUCUGACAUUAUUAUGUUUUUAUUUAUAAUUGCCGCCCAUUGUUAGAUGCAGGAAAUCAGUGCAAUAAUUGUGUUCAUUUUAGAUUCUGACAUCAUAGACAUUUGUUUUGUGUCCUUUCCCAUUUCACGCAUUAUGGUCCAGGUGGUCAAGCGAAAACACUGGCGACUGAGCAUUUUAUUUGUUGCUUGAGGCAAUUGAACAAAUUUACUGCUUAAAACUGAUUAAGAGAAGAUUUUUUUGCAGUGCAGAUCUGAAGUGUGUUCACAAUGUAUUUAUUUGAUUUGUUCUAGUGAUAUAUUCUUGUUUUCUGUUGUAGCUUCUCACUAAUUCCAUAUUAAAUGUAACAUUUAGAAAUUAAGUUCAUGUUGUUUUUAAAAAUUGCUUGGCGAGCACGUUUGGCAUCUUGAGAAACCCAGAUAUCUCCUUUCACCACCGAAGGAGAACCCCACGGGAACCAUUUAUCAGCUAAUAUGAACAUGCAAAUUAAAUACAAAUGAUUGUUUUAAAUGUAUGCAGACUAGCUCAUAUUCAUCAUCAUUUAAAGAACUCAGCGUAAACUCAAAGAUAAACGAAUCUAGAUCCAGCUUGACUCGGUUCUAGACUCUUGUGAGCAUGUACAGAUCUGAGUGAGUGUUGUUUAAAAAGUCAACAUGAAAUCAAAAUGGAUUUUUUACUUUCUUAACACGUUUCUGGUCUUAUUGUGAUCGAUGCAUCAGUGCACGUUAGCAAGAAAACUAAACCUCUUUUCAGCCACCGUCAUCAAAUCCUUUUAUUUUUCAACCAGCUGUCAUAUAGAGACACUUCACACCAUUUACAGGAGAAAGUCCAGCCUCAUUGAAUAUUUAGUUUCACUAGGAAAUGUGUUUUGAAUGGUUUCAUGUCGACUUUUAGGUUUUGAAGAUAUGUUUCGUUAUUUUCUAUCCGUCUCUGUCUGUGCAGAAACUGAUGUAACAUUGUGACUUUUCUCUCUUGUUCUAUUUUCUUUUUUUAAUAAAUGCCAUUUUGGAAAAAAAAAAAAUCU